GAGGGAGGGACUGAGAGAGAGAAAGAGACAUCUCUGAUUGUAGCUGCACUGAGGCUCGCACGGCAUCUCAAUCCCCUGGCUGUGCUGAGCCAGAGAGCACUGAAGCCUUUAUUCACACGGAGGAUUUUAGCUGUCGCUGCUCAUUCACAAGGCCAUUGAGCCCCAGAAGAAUAGCAUCCCUUCAGUCAGGUUUGCCCUGGACUGCUUGUUUAUAUUUCCCCUUCCUUCCUUCCUUCCUUCCUUUGUUUUCCUUGACUCUCUUUUCAUUCUUCCUUUGUGCUGGAGAAGAUUCUUGCUUGGACUGGAUUUGAAAAAACAAAAAAAACAAAUCGUCAUUGUUCCUAUUCACUGCUCCUGACUCUUCACUGAGGGCCGUCAUCGUAAGUGUUGUUGUCGUCGCAGCAGCUAUCAGCUGAGUCACCAUGUCUGAUCUGACGCCCCAGAGCGAGGCCCCCACCCCCACCACUGACAAGAUCACACAGGCUGCCAGAGAGACCAUCUACCUAUGCAACUUCCGCGUGUCGGUGGAUGGCGAAUGGCUGUGCCUGCGCGAGCUCAAUGACAUCUCGCUAACGCCAGAUCCCGAGCCGGCUCAUGAAGAUCCCAAGGACCCCAUUGCCAUCGAGAGGCUUAACCUGAUGAAUAUGGCCAAGCUGAGCAUUAAGGGCUUGAUUGAGUCUGCAUUGAACCUGGGCCGCACACUGGACUCAGACUAUGCCCCACUGCAGCAGUUUUUUGUCGUCAUGGAGCACUGUCUGAAACAUGGGCUUAAAAGUAAGAAGACGUUCCUUGGUCAAAAUAAGUCUUUUUGGGGUCCUUUGGAGCUUGUGGAAAAGUUGACUCCAGAGGCUGGUGAGAUCACAGCCAGCGUCAAAGACCUUCCUGGGCUCAAAACCCCUUUAGGAAGAGGCAGAGCAUGGCUUCGUCUGGCUUUAAUGCAGAAGAAGCUCUCAGACUACAUGAAGACCAUCAUCAACCGAAAAGACCUUCUCGGUGAAUUCUAUGAGCCCAAUGCUCUUAUGAUGGAGGAGGAGGGAGCCGUGAUCGCUGGGCUGUUGGUGGGCCUGAAUGUCAUUGAUGCUAACUUGUGCAUGAAGGGAGAAGAUUUAGACUCACAGGUUGGAGUCAUAGAUUUUUCCAUGUAUCUGAAAGACGGUGCACACAGCAGCAAAAGCACAGAGGGUGAUGGACAAAUCACAGCUAUUCUUGACCAGAAGAAUUACGUUGAGGAACUGAACAGACAUUUAAGUGCGUCAGUGAAUAACUUGCAAGCCAAAGUGGAUGCGCUGGAAAAGUCCAACUCAAAACUUACAGAGGAGCUUGCCGUUGCAAACAACAGGAUCAUCACUCUGCAGGAGGAGCUGGAAAGGGUGAAGGAUGAAAGCUCUUACUUGGUGGAGUCUAGUCGCAAGGCAUCAAGGGCAGAUGGUACUGCAAACGGUCAAGUGCUUGGGGAAACUCGCAAACAGCUCAAAGAGGAAACUCAGCUCAGACUGGAUGUCGAGAAGGAGCUGGAGGUGCAGAUAGGGAUGAAGCAAGAGAUGGAGCUGUCCAUGAAGAUGCUAGAGAAGGACAUCUGUGAAAAACAUGAUGCUUUGGUGGAGCUCAGACAGCAGUUAGAUGAAAUGCGUACACUCAACCAUGAGCUCUCCAUUAAGUCACAGAGCUCAGAGGCCAGCGCAAAACAGAAGAAUGACAUCAUCAGCCGCUUGGAGGAGAAAACAAACCAGAUGGGGAGCAUUAUUAAACAGCUGGAGAGCAGGUAAAGGAGUUUAACUGCAUAUGCACAGCAUUUAAAACAUGACAUGUACACUGCAAAACAAAGAGGGGGGCCCAAAAGUCUGAGAGCACGAGUGAAAUGCCUCUUCUAAUUUCAAUAAACAAUAUAUAACAUUUUAU